UACACAAUUGACAGCUUCUUCGAUAGAAUCUUGUUGAAAUGAACGAAAUCAUUUCGACACACAUUUGACAUUGACAUUGAACUAAAAACAAAUUUUUUCGUGAAUCGUUUGUUAUUCUUGCCUCUAAAUUAGGUCAAUUAUUUCUCAAUAUCAUUGCUCUACAGAUAGAAUACAAUGGAAGAAAAUCCAAAUACACGAACAUUAUUGAACAAGAAUGCUGAAGAGCCUCCAUCACCCCCAUCUUCAUAUGAUAUUGUAGUUGGUGCUCAACCAAGUGGACAACAUUUACCAAGUGCUAUCUGUACUCAGCCCCAUUUCGGGAAUUCUAAUGGUGCGAUGAACGUUCCUCGUCAAAUACCAAACUGUCCACGAGGCUUGGAAUACUUAACUACAGUUGAUCAACUAUUGAUAAAACAACAAGUGGAGCUGGGAUUGGACAAUAGAUUCGUGAUAAAAAAUGCAAUGGGUCAAAAUAUUUACCAUGCCGAUGAGGAUGCUGACUGUUGUGCGCAUUUAUGGUGCGGUUCUGAUCGGUCGUUCGACAUGAUUAUAACGGAUAAUUAUGAUAAUCGAGUGAUGCAAUUCUUUCGUCCCACUGCAAUUGGUUUUUCAGAUUCGAUUGAAGUAUCGGCACCGAUCGGACAGGUCAUCGGUCGAAUUGUAAAACAGUUUGAUCUAGUAUUCCCAACAUUCAAAGUCAAAAACCAAUACAAUGAAACGGUUUUGUACAUUGAAGGACCCGCGAUUACAACUGGUUUCUUCGGAGAUGUUGAAUUCAAGGUUGUGAAACCAGACGGUGUUCAAGUUGGAAAAAUAUGCAAGCAAUGGUCAGGGCUUGCACGCGAAUUUUUUACCUAUGCAGACUAUUUCGGAAUCAAUUUCCCAAUCGAUUUAGACGUUCGAAUCAAAGCAGUCUUACUUGGAGCGUGCCUUUUAAUCAAUUCGAUUUACUACGAGCGUCGUUGAUAUAGGCAAAAGGUAGUCAAACGAAUAAUCGAUUCUCACCCAGGUUUUAAUGGCAAUCAACUAAUACAAUUCAAUGAAGCCUCUUCUGUUUUCAGAGAUUUUCAAAGCACUUAAAUUUUUUUGAUUUUGAAU